AGACUCAAAGAAGUUACACUUUGGAGGAUGUGCAGAAGUUUCUUAAGACUGGUGACUUGGGGAACUUCAACAGCAGGGAGAGAUAUUGUCUCUAUAGGUUUGCUAAGCGUUUCCAACUUCAGGCUGCUGACCAGGACAGGCUUUAUUACAUCUGCAAAGAAAAGGAAGGAGGACCAGUUCACUUGAAAGAAGUUAUCUUCACUGAGGAACAAAAAAGGAAAGUAUUUGAAGAUGUUCAUGGCUCUAGCAGAGGAGCCCACAUGGGUAUCAAUAAGACUAUUUCUAAGAUUACAGAAAGAUUUUAUUGGCUAGGCAUAAAGAAAGAUGUCAUGAAAUGGAUAAGUGAAUGUGAUAAAUGUCAAAGAUCCCAGAAGAUAAAAACUGUAGGACCACUUUUGAAACCAAUUAAGACUGAAGGCAGAUGGUUGGUGUAGACUUAAUAGGCCCCCUAACAGAGAGCCAAUCAGGCAACAAGUACAUCCUCACUUUGACAGAUUUAUGGUCCAAAUUCAUAGAGGCAUUUCCAUUCCCUUCAAAAUCUGCUGAUCUUGUGUGUGAUGUGUUGCAGAGUAUUUUUUACCGUUUUGGUCCCCCAGAGAAAAUUUUAACUGAUCAGGGAAAGGAAUUCUGCAAUAGAUUAAAUGAUCAGCUCUUUUCCAUUUUUGGAGUAAAGCACUUAGUUACACUUGCAUACCACCCCCAGACUAAUGGUCAAGAUGAAAGAACCAACCAGAUGCUGAAGGCUGUUUUGACUAAAUUAGUCAAUGAAAAUCAAGAUGACUGGGACAGACAUUUAGAGGUUGCUUUAUUUGGUAUCAGAACUUCAGUGCAAGCUUCUACAAAGUAUUCCCCCUUUUUCUUGAUGUUUGGUAGACAGCCAAGACUGUUCAUUGAUCUUCAAGAAAAUGAUAAUGAAGAAUCCAGUAUUUUAGAGUUCCCAAAUUUGAAUCCAUCUGAUGAUGCAAUAGAAUCUAGAAUCAACUCUAUCAAAGCUGUCAAAGAAAAAGUUGACAAUAAUAUUGCUGAAGCUCAAGCUAAACAAAAAAGUAUUAUGAAAUGAGGAAGACCAAAGGAUAUAAGUCAUUCAACUUCAAAAUUGGAAUAAAAGUUCUUAUAAAGAAUAAUAAAAAGCAAGGAAGGAAAGGUUCCUGGCUUGAGGAGGACUGGCUCGGACCUUAUGACAUACACAGUAUCUUAGAUAACUGUGUAAAAAUCAGUAAAAAUGGAAAAGUCCUUGCAAAUAAAAUUGCUUUAAUUCACAUUAAACCAUAUAAAUUGCCCAGUUUUGCACAGAAGCAUGCACAAGUUUGUGACCAAAUAUUGCUGCCAUCAGCUGCAAGAAAUGGUUCUCCCAUAUUUUCUGUCUUUUCAGAAUCCACGGCAUCUGGGGAGGAGCCUCGAGGCAACUCUUAUACAGACCGUGGUGAUGUGGGGCAGCAGCCUGACAUGCUCCUUUCUAAAGGGUCACAGCAUAUCACAUCACUGCCCGUCACCACUGUUGAAUCCAUGGCAUCUGGGGAGAAGCCUGAGGCAACUCUUACCUACAGACUGUGGUGAUGUGAGGCAGCAGCCUGACAUGCUCCUUUCUAAAGGGUCACAGCAUGUCACAUCACUGCCUGUCACCACUGUUGAAUCCACGGCAUCUGGGGAGAAGCCUCGAGGCAACUCUUCCCCACCUACAGACCGUGGUGAUGUGGGGCAGCAGCCUGACAUGCUCCUUUCAAAAGGAUCACAGCAUGUCACAUCACUGCCUAUCACCACUGUCGGUUACCAUAUGAGGACGGUGACAGCAUGAUGGAAUGUGAUGCUGCAAAAGGUGGUACCAUCAAGAGUGCGAGAACAUUUCAUCUUACUGUUGGCAGAAAUUGGAAGA